AUGGCCACGAACGGAAGCGUACUUGAAUCGAACGUCGAUGUUCUCAUAAUUGGCGCCGGGCCCGCGGGGAUGAUGGCGGCCUGCUGGAUGGCACACUGCGGUGUGAAGGCGCGGAUCAUCGAUAAGAGGAACAGCAAGAUCUUCUAUGGUCAGGCGGACGGCCUCCAGUCCCGUAGCCUCGAAAUAUUCGAGAGCUUCGGGUUCGGCGACAGGGCUUGGAAUGAAGCAAACCAUUUGAUCGAGAUGUGCAUGUGGAACCCCGGACCCGACGGCGUCAUUCGCCGGUCGGAUCGCAUCCCAGACACCAUCGUAGGGCUUUCCCGCUUCCAGGAGUGCGUCCUAAACCAAGGGCGCGUCGAGCGCUUCUUCCUCGACAACAUCAAGAAGUACUCCAAGGGCACGCUGCAAGUAGAACGCGCGAUCCUUCCGGAGUCUCUCGAGGUCGACGCGUCCAAGGUCGACGACGAUUCUGCUCAUCCCGUUACCGUGAAGCUGCGCCACCUCAGUGAGGAAGAGUCCACUCCCCAGCAGCAGGUCAACGGGAGCAAGGUCUCAGAUGGACUAUUCCGGAGCAGCUUAGUCUACGAGGAUGACGAGGAGGACUUGAUAAGGAAGAGCCAGUCGCGAGCCGAAACCAGCGAGAUAGUCCACGCCAAGUAUGUCAUUGGGUGUGACGGUGCUCGCAGCUGGACCAGACGCUCCUUGGGCUUUGAAUUACUGGGCGAGGCGACUGAUUUCAUUUGGGGUGUCUUAGACAUUAUCCCUAUAACCGAUUUUCCCGACAUCAGAAUGAGAUGCGCCGUUCACUCGGCCGAGAAUGGCAGCUUGAUGGUGAUCCCCCGUGAGAACAAGCUGGUCCGGCUCUACAUACAACUAAAGGAGGUGACCCCUGACGCCUCAGGGCGUGCGGACAGGUCCAAGAUUACCCCCGAGAUCAUUUUCAGUGCGGCGCAGAAGAUCAUCAGCCCCUACAAGCUUAGUUACGAGUACUGUAACUGGUGGACUGCUUAUCAGAUUGGCCAAAGAGUCGGCACACAUUUCGACGCCCACGAGCGAGUCUUCCUUGCCGGGGAUGCAGUUCACACCCACUCUCCGAAGGCCGGCCAAGGCAUGAACGUCUCCAUGCAAGACACGUACAAUCUCGGCUGGAAGGUCGGCCUCGUCGCGAAGGGCAUCGCUAAGCGGAGUAUUUUGAGCACCUACCGCAGCGAACGGCAGCAAGUUGCCCAAGACCUCAUCGACUUCGACCAUCGCUUCAGUAGGCUGUUUUCCGGGAAGCCAGCGAAGGACAUCAUGGAUGCCGAGGGCGUCAGCAUGGAGGAAUUCAAGAACGCCUUCAUAAAAGGCAACAUGUUCGCGACGGGCUUAAGCGUCAAUUAUGGACCAAGCAGCAUAGUUACGAAACCCGAUACAGCCGUAGACGAGAAGGCUAAUAAGGGAAACCACCAAGGGUCGGCGGCUGUGACGAGGAUCUCCGCUGAUGCCUACGCGAAGAGACAGGCUCUCGCUCCCGGUAUCCCGAUCGGGAUGCGCUUCGAUAACGUCCAGGUCCUCAACCAGUCGGACGGCCGGCCCUGGCACUUCCAACAGAAGCUCAAGUCCGACGGCCGAUUCCGUGUCAUUCUUUUCGCCGGCGAUGUAUUGAGCGCGCCCCAGAAGAACCGAGUAGAGAAAUUUUGCGAUGCUCUCGCCUCGCCAACCAGCUUCCUGCGCGCCGCGACUCCCCCUAGCGCGCCAGUCGACAUCGUGAUCGAGAUCUUAACGAUUCACUCGUCGAGGAGGGUCGAGACGGAGCUGUUGAGAGAUUUCCCCGAGAUCCUUCACCCUUUCGAUGCGCACGUCGGGUGGGACUACGACAAGGUCUUUGUCGAUGAUGUGAGCUACCACGAAGGCGGCGGCGAUGCCUACUUCAAAUAUGGCAUCGAUAGGGAACGAGGAUGCGUCGUGGCGGUGAGACCAGAUCAAUACGUUGGCUGGAUCGGCGAGCUUGAGGACUUCGAAGGGCUCCAGGAAUACUUUGAAGGUAUUCUCGUGCUCAACCCCAAGGCUUAG